GAGGGAGAGCUGGAGAGAGCGAGAGCAAAGAGCGAGAGCGAGGGAGAGGAGAGGAGAGGAGAGGGAGGGAAAGGAAAGACACACGCACGCAGAGACUCACGGCCACUGGAAUUCCAUUAGAAAAAAAGUGAGCCGAGAAAGGGGUAGCGGGAGAAGAUUUUUUUGAAUCUUUUCUUCGUCUUGGUGCGAAAGAAGCGACUCGGCUCUUCUGUCCUCGAAGCUCCGACUGGAUCGUUCCUGGGCACUCACACCCGUCGGUGGAUUUCUUUCCUAUUUGCAUUUAUUCUGACUCCCUCCCUCGCCGCUUCCUUCCAGCCCUCCACUCGCGAAUCGCCUCGCCCCCACCUCUCCAGUCCCCUCUUGGGAAGCGCAGGGGAAUUGGACCCGCGGGGACUCGCGCCUUCCCGGACGAGCGGAGGGGAGGGCUGACCUCAGGACCGGGCUGUUGGCUUAUAAAGCGGCCAGACUCAUUGCUACGUGUGUGUUUGAUUUCGGUGGGCAAAGGGGGCGUCAAGAGGCAGCCCACCGCCCGCCUCCCACCCCACCCCCUCCAGCCAGAGGCGAGAAUCGCAAGACUCUGGAUCCUCAUCGGGCGGACUAGCUGGGAUCUCCGCAUUGGAUUUGGGGCUGAUUAUUACUGCUUGGCUAGUAUUAUUGUUAUUUUAUUUCAUUUUUGUUUUUUUUUUCCACCCAAGGGAGAAAAACAAAAAAAAAAAAAAAAAAAACUGUGGGAUUUAUUUAACAUGAUCUUGGCAAACGCCUUCUGCCUCUUCUUCUUUUUAGACGAGACCCUCCGCUCUUUGGCCAGCCCUUCCUCCCUGCAGGGCCCCGAGCUCCACGGCUGGCGCCCCCCAGUGGACUGUGUCCGGGCCAAUGAGCUGUGUGCAGCGGAAUCCAACUGCAGCUCCCGCUACCGCACGCUGCGGCAGUGCCUGGCCGGCCGGGACCGCAACACCAUGCUGGCCAACCGGGAGUGCCAGGCGGCCCUGGAGGUCUUGCAGGAGAGCCCGCUCUAUGACUGCCGCUGCAAGCGCGGCAUGAAGAAGGAGCUGCAGUGCCUGCAGAUCUACUGGAGCAUCCACCUGGGGCUGACCGAAGGUGAGGAGUUCUACGAAGCCUCACCCUACGAGCCAGUGACCUCCCGCCUCUCGGACAUCUUCAGGCUUGCUUCAAUCUUCUCAGGGACCGGGGCAGACCCGGCGGUCAGCGCCAAGAGCAACCAUUGCCUGGAUGCUGCCAAGGCCUGCAACCUGAACGACAACUGCAAGAAGCUGCGCUCCUCCUACAUCUCCAUCUGCAACCGCGAGAUCUCACCCACCGAGCGCUGCAACCGCCGCAAGUGCCACAAGGCCCUGCGCCAGUUCUUCGACCGGGUGCCCAGCGAGUACACCUACCGCAUGCUCUUCUGCUCCUGCCAAGACCAGGCAUGUGCCGAGCGCCGCCGGCAAACCAUCCUGCCCAGCUGCUCCUACGAGGACAAGGAGAAGCCCAACUGCCUGGACCUCCGCAGCCUGUGCCGGACGGACCACCUGUGCCGGUCUCGGCUGGCGGACUUCCACACCAACUGUCGAGCCUCCUACCGGACACUUACCAGCUGCCCUGCCGACAAUUACCAGGCGUGUCUGGGAUCCUACGCUGGCAUGAUUGGGUUUGACAUGACCCCCAACUACGUGGACUCCAGCCCCACGGGCAUUGUGGUGUCCCCCUGGUGUAGCUGUCGAGGCAGCGGGAACAUGGAGGAGGAGUGUGAGAAGUUCCUCAGGGACUUCACCGAGAACCCGUGCCUCCGGAACGCCAUUCAGGCCUUCGGCAACGGCACAGAUGUGAACGUGUCCCCCAAGAGUCCCUUACUCCCGGCCACCCAGGCCCCAAGGGUGGAGAAGACUCCUUCUUUGCCAGAUGAUCUCAGUGAUAGCACCAGCCUGGGGACCAGCGUCAUCACCACCUGCACAUCUGUCCAGGAGCAGGGACUGAAGGCCAAUAACUCCAAAGAGUUAAGCAUGUGCUUCACAGAGCUCACGACCAACAUCAUCCCAGGGAGCAACAAGGUGAUCAGACCUAACUCAGGCCCCUGCAGAGCCAGGCCGUCGGCUGCCUUGACCGCGCUCCUGCUCCUCUUGCUGAAGUGGGCCUUGUAGGCCCUGGGAACGCGUCUCAAGAUCUCUACCAACGGCACAGAGGAGAGCUCCCAGACACACACACACCCCUUGCAAAAAAACCCCCCACCUUGUCUCUGAACCUGUCUCCUCCCAGGUUCCUUCUCUGGAGAAGUUUUUCUAAACCAAACAGACCAGCAGGUGGGGAGCCUGAGAGCUGCCCAAAGGUCCCCUGGCUUCAGGGACACUCGGCCCUGAGGGGCACAAGGCUCUAGAAAUGCCCUUCACUGUCUCCUGGUGUUUUUCUCUCUGGACCCUUCUGAAGUAAGAGACCAAGCUGCGACCCCCACUGCCGAAGGGACUUGUGCUGUGCCCAAUGCAGGCUGGGGACAGGACAGUGGCAACUGCUCUGGAGCGGCCCACUCUGGGGACCUGCUGGGGGACCAGCGAGGGCAUCGGUCAGGGGGGAAUGGAGCUGGCCACAUGCCUCCAGUUGGGCCCUGUCAGCCCUCCCCUUGGCUUCAAGGAUGGAGAUGGCCUGUCCUCCCCCACUGCCCUCAGGGUGGGUCUGUGUGUGGCGUGGAGCCCCCGUGGCCGUGGCCGCGCUGGGUCCUCCUGGCUGUAGGGCCUGUGGGGCUGGGGCCUUUCAGCCUGCCUGGGAGUUCCCCUGCAGGGAGGGAGCAAACCCUGGGCACCAGGAAGCCGCUUCCUCCUUGGUGGCAGGAAUUUUGAAGUCAAAGAGAAAUGAUGCUUCGGUGGCUUCUCGGUUUCUUGUGGGUCCAUUUGGCGGGCCUUCCCCUUGGGGAUCGCUGAAGGGGGCAGAAGAGGCCACAGUUGGACGUGUGUCUGCAACACUCUGGUCUCGAGCUCGCUCCUUCUCUCUCCCGCCCCUCCUCAUUCCCACCCUCUUUCCUCAUUCCCGAGACCUUGUCAGCUGUGUCCACCGAGGCCCCUUCUCUCCACAUGUGUAUAUACAUGUCCAUGUACCUAUAUCCUGUGCUUUCCUUUUUCUUUCCUUUUUUUAAGAAACAAAACUAUCGAAAUAAUACCCCACAGAUGAGCGAAAAUGUAUUAUUGUAAAGUUUAUUUUUUUUAAUAAUGUUGUCUAUAAAGGAAAAAAAGGAAAUCGACCCGGGAGCCCCGCUCCAGUUGGGCUCGCGGGCCGUGGCCGGGACUCCUGAUGCGCAUCACGCUUAACCAAGGCUCCAAUAAAAUACUAGGAAGCAAA